AGCAGCAGCAGCAGAGGGAGGGGCCUUGAUUGCUUGCUGGAACAGCACAGGGCGGCUGCUGAAACGGCAAGUAGAGGGGGGAGAGCGGCUGCUGGAACGGCAAGUAGAGGGGGGAGAGCGGCUGCUGAAACGGCAAGUAGAGGGGGGAGAGCGGCUGGUGAAACGGCAAGUAGAGGGGGGAGGGCGGCUGCUGGAACGGCAGUCGAGUGUUGGGGGAAGGGAGCUUGUUAAUCGCUGUAAGCCAUUUUGCCGUUCAGAGGAGAGUUGGAGAGUGUGGUGAGCAGAUGAGAGCUAGUUUCUGAAUUUAAAAUGCCACCACGGAUCAGUCCUCUUAGGGAUGCCAUAGAACAUGUGGUUUCAAAAACAGACAAAACAAGCAAGUUGGAGGUGAAGUACAUUAAUGCAGUAAAAGGACGUGGAGUAUUUGCAAAGAGUUCUAUUUGCAAAGGAGAUUUUCUUGUUGAAUAUCGAGGAGAUAUGAUAAAUGAAGCAGAAUCCCAGAGAAGAAGAAACAUUUACCACCCAUCAUGUACUGUAUUUAUGUUUGACUUCAAGUGGAAAGGGAAACUAUGGUGUAUUGAUGCCUCAAGAGAAGAUGGAUCAUUUGGGCGGCUCGUUAACGAUGACCACAGACACCCAAACUGUAAAAUGAAAAAAAUUGAUGUGGAUGGAAAACCACACCUUUGUUUGUUUGCCCUGAAUGACAUUAAAGAAGGAGAAGAAAUUGUCUAUGACUAUGGGGGUGAUGACUACCCAUGGAGAACACAAACGACCAGUGCUACUUCCCAUGCUGUGGUGUGUGAUUCUGAUCUUCCUCAACCAUCUCAGGCUCAGACUAGUGACUCUCCUGGUCCAGACUAUUCUCCUGAACAGGUAAGUUCAUUUUCUUCACUUUAGAUUUAGUUCUACUCUCUCUCUCUUUAUAGUUUUUCUG